AUGCCAAGCACAGCCAUGAAGAAAAAGGUGCUGCUGAUGGGUAAAAGUGGGUCUGGGAAGACCAGCAUGAGGUCCAUUAUCUUUGCAAACUACAUCGCCAGGGACACGCGGCGCCUGGGUGCCACAAUUGACGUGGAGCACUCCCAUGUUAGAUUCCUAGGAAACCUGGUGUUAAACCUCUGGGACUGCGGAGGGCAGGACACCUUCAUGGAGAACUACUUCACCAGCCAACGGGACAACAUCUUCCGCAACGUGGAAGUCCUCAUCUAUGUCUUUGAUGUGGAGAGCCGUGAGCUGGAGAAGGACAUGCACUACUACCAGUCGUGCCUGGAGGCAAUCCUUCAGAACUCUCCCGAUGCAAAGAUCUUCUGUCUAGUGCACAAGAUGGACUUGGUGCAGGAGGAUCAGCGGGACUUGAUUUUCAAAGAGCGUGAGGAGGACUUGAAGCGCCUUUCCCGUCCCUUGGAAUGUGUUUGUUUUAGAACUUCCAUCUGGGAUGAAACACUUUACAAGGCUUGGUCCAGUAUAGUCUAUCAGCUGAUUCCCAAUGUCCAGCAGCUGGAAAUGAACCUGAGGAACUUUGCUCAGAUCAUCGAGGCAGACGAAGUGCUUCUGUUUGAGAGAGCCACGUUCCUGGUCAUCUCUCACUAUCAAUGCAAAGAACAACGGGAUGUCCACAGGUUUGAGAAAAUCAGCAACAUAAUAAAGCAAUUCAAGCUGAGCUGCAGUAAGCUGGCAGCUUCUUUCCAGAGCAUGGAGGUCAGGAACUCUAACUUUGCUGCUUUCAUUGACAUCUUUACAUCAAAUACAUACGUGAUGGUGGUUAUGUCAGACCCUUCCAUACCCUCUGCGGCCACGCUGAUCAACAUCCGCAAUGCCCGAAAACACUUUGAGAAGCUGGAGAGAGUGGACGGACCAAAGCACAGCCUGCUCAUGCGCUGAGCCCGGCGCCGGCACGUGGGCUCCUGGGGGGAGAAGAGAUGAGUCGGAACUACUUAUUUUCUAGGAGAAUCUAACAAUGUGGGUGUGUGUCGGGUUUGAGAUGAGUUGUGCUGCUU